AUGCCGAAAAGGUGUGCUCAAGAGAAGAUCGAACAUUACAAUCGAAAAAUCAGAAAAUUAUUGAAACAAUAUUUAAUCCCGGCUAACUGUACGCUCCUUAAAGCCCCAAAGCUAAAUCCAGAGAUAGCUGCAGCUGUCUCGGACGCCGUCAGAGGACGGGAUAAAAGAGUAGAAGCAGUUCAGGAUCAGCUGGCUUUAGGGUUAACCGCACUAAACAGAGGUCUGUCGAUUCUCCUGGACAAUGAUCAAGAUAAACUCCAGGCAAUAAAACUUAUAAGUGACAGUUGUCGCAUUUUGUGCGAUCUACACUUCGUUGAAACUCAAGCUAGGACGAAAUUCGUGACAGUCGGCUUGGAAAAGUCCUUCCUCAAGGUCAUACAGGACGUUGACCGAGACGAAAUGCUCUUCGGAAGCAGCCUCCCUGAAAAAAUAAAAGCUUCAAAGGCAAUAGAAAAACAAGGACUACAGAUUAAAAAAUCCAGUCCCAUAGUUAAAACCCAAACGCCCGCUUCACAACAAUCAUCUAGUCGUACGGCCUCCCAGGGAAACUGGGUGGCCCCUCCCCGUUAUCCAUCGAACAGAGGAGGACGAGGGGGGGGCAAGAAGGGAGUAAUGACCAACCGCCGAGCUCCUGUUUCGAACGCACCAAAAACUUCAUUCCAGACGAGACAACGUGCCCCUACGCGUCAUUAA